ACAAAAAUUUUCAUAAAGAACGAAAUCCCAUUUGGUUGAUUAAAUAUGAACCACAUACCUAACGAGUGGAUAUGCAUCUCUCAUCACCAGAAAAUCUCUUUCUCAAGAAUUUCAUUAUCCUCCUGGCCACACUAUCCUUCUCCCAAUAUUCAUCCUCUUUCUUUCUCUCUCUCUCUCUCUCUCUCUCUAUGGCUACAAUCACGAACUUCCUAGCCAAACCCCCUCCUAAACUCAACCCAUUCAACCCCUACUCUUCAUCUUACCAUCUCCCCAAUUUCCCCACCAAAACCCCAAAUCUUCUCCGAAUUUUCAAAACCACCCCAAGUAGCACCCCUCUCCUCUGCUUCGCCAAAGCCGCGGCCGCUGGCUCAAAGCCGAAGAAAGUCGAAAGCGACGAAAGAGUACAGCAAGUCCACAGCGUGGCGGAGUUCGACGAGGCCCUGAAGGCGGCCAAGAACAAGCUGGUGGUGGUGGAGUACGCCGCGAGCCACAGCUACCACAGCCGCAAGAUAUACCCGCACAUGGUGGAGCUGAGCCGGACGUGCGGCGACGUGGAGUUCUUGUUGGUGAUGGGAGACGAAUCGGAGAGCACGAAGGAGCUUUGCGAGAGGGAGAAGAUUGAUAAGGUUCCGCACUUCAGCUUCUAUAAGAGCAUGGAGAAGAUUCACGAGGAGGAAGGGAUUGGGCCUGAUGAGCUUGUGGGAGAUGUGUUGUAUUAUGGGGAUAACCACUCGGCUGUGGUUCAGCUGCAUUGCAGGGAGGACGUGGAGAAGUUGAUUGGAGAUCACAAGGUGGAUCAGAAACUGAUAGUCCUGGACGUGGGGCUGAAGCACUGUGGGCCGUGCGUGAAGGUAUAUCCAACGGUGCUGAAGCUGUCUAGACAAAUGACGGACACGGUGGUUUUCGCAAGAAUGAACGGUGAUGAGAACGAGAGUUGCAUGGAGUUUUUGAAGGACAUGAACGUGAUUGAGGUCCCCACGUUUUUGUUCAUCAGAGAUGGGGAGAUUUGUGGGAGGUAUGUCGGGUCUGGUAAAGGCGAACUCAUUGGUGAAAUUCUUAGAUACCAAGGUGUUCGUGUGACAUGAAAAAAAGAA